AUUCAUUUGCCUUGCUAUGCAAGGCAAAAAGCAGUUUUCCUUCAAUGUCAGAUGAACUCUGAAGUUCUAAAGUUGUUGGGUUGUUGUUGCCCACCAAACAUAAAGAGGAUCCAUUAGAGGAAAAGCUGCUACUGAAGGUAUUUCUUUGUGAGCCAAGGAGUAAGCUUGCUUGCUGCAGGAAGGAGGAGACGACUCAUUAUCUGGAUGCUGGGAGUCAGUGUGUUAGAGGCUCCUCUUCCUGCUCCACAAGGACUGAAGCGUCUCUGAGGUAAGCAAAGCAGCAAUGAGAUACUCCCCGGGCUUAUUACCCACUAUCGGCUGGAUCUCCUGUUUGCUCCAGCCUCCACCUUUACUUGGAAAGUGCUUGCAAUUCCAUGAGGUAAUUCUUCCUCCCAGCGCUUGUGCUUGUUGCGACGACCAUGUGCUCCUAGCAUGAGCCAGGACAGAAAAUGAAAAAAAGUCUACCCUGAAAUCCAUGUGCUGUAACUUCCUCUUUCUCCAUUCAGCCGGGGAAGGCUGUUGUGCUUCGCGUGCUUUGGCUCUGGGCACUGUGGCAGCGGUCAGUCCGGGCAGAGCCAUCACCCUCCCGCCAGCCAAGAGGCCUGACCGGGUGCCCACCGCCGGUUUAGCCACAGGUGGGAGGUAACACCUGCUCGGUUGGCACCGGAGCCGGUAUAAAUCUGCGUUAUUUUGAUGAAGCUCGGAUUGAUUAGGAACAGGUCCAAGCUAACAUACCAUAAACACCUAUUAAACCGAAAUAAAUACGUCUACAGGGGGCUCAGCUUAACCGGGUGCAGCUUUGCCUGCACGGGGGAGGCGGAGAUGGCUGUGGGCACCACACACGGCGGCUCCCACGGGCGGGCGCCGCCGGGGACAGGAAAGCCCGUCCGAGCUGACGUCGGGGGGCGGGGGCGGGAGGGGGUUCCCCCUGGGAGGCGGGUAGGGAUCGUUCCGUGCCGGUGCCUCGCAGCUCUGUCCCGAGGGAUGGUGUUGGCUCGUCGCCACGGCAACCUCCGACCCGCGGGGGGAAGGGGCGCAGGCAGCGGUGGCAGGGUCGGUCCCGCCAUCCCUCCGGGGCUCUCCCCGCCGCCCCGGGAGGCGCCUGGCACCAGCUACUCGCUCUUCCCGGCGGCCCUGCGAGGGUGCGCAGUCGGGCCCCCUCCCCAUCCCGGCCGGGCGCCUGAGGCGCUGACCCGCCGCGCCCCGCGCGAAUCUGCCCGGGGCUCCUGGGAGUGUCCGUGGGGACACGGAACGGCGGCAGGAGGGGACGGGUGCGAGGUUGUGCGAGCGGAGCUCCUCGGGAGAGAGGGCAGGCGGUGGUCCUGCCCCGCUGUGGCCCAGAGCUCGGAGCCGCUGGAGCGUCCAAAGGAGCGAUGCCGUCCCGGAGCGGGAGCGCUGGGCAGGCGGGGGGAGCCCGCCCCGCCCCACGGGACGGGGCGCGGAGCCCGAUGUGCGCGGAAUCCUGUUCCCGGGAAGCACAAUGGCCGUGCGGAUGCCAGGCCCCUCCUCCAGCCCACUCGAGGCUUCCCUCCGGGAUGCGUUUGCCUGCUCGACCUCUGCCCUUGCAGGCGGCCGCGUCCUCCCCUCGCCGCCCGCGUGUGGAGCCGAACCGCUGUGGGAGGGGUGCCUGCAGCAGGAAAAUCAUUGCCUGCGACCAGGGAAUGAGGGUUUUGUGGUCAUUUCAAGGGCAGCCCGGCCUGCCGCCCCCCUCUGACCCUGCGGAAUCUGCCCGUAGCCCGUUCUGAGUCCCUCCUCUGGCCCAGCUUCAGCUGGAAUGUUGCUGACCCGUGUGUUGUGGUACCGAGCCGGCUCUGAGGGUGUAAACAACACCAUAUAGCUGUUCUGCUUAGAAAAAAAUAGGAAAACUGAUGGUUUUAACUUCUUUCACUUCAUAUUGUUAUUAUUUACAGUGCUAUCUCCAAAACAUUUUCAACUUUUAUGUUAAAAAGUUGCUGCAGUGGAGGAAGAACACUUUCUUUCACUUUAUUUUUGCAUUGGUCAAAAUGAAGGUGAGAAAAAAAGCAAUGAAGGUAAGUAUUUUGAUCUUUAUGUGAUUAGACAAUCGAACUUUGAUAUCUGUAAUGUUUUUUCACAAUACGAGCAACAGAUAAAUAUUUUUACUGUCACCUGUUUUACUUGCGAAUGCAGCAAGAAUCUGUCUGGAUUGUGUGCCCCUGCACAUGCCUUCUGUACUGAUACUGGCCUUAAUUUCGGUAUAAAUUAGACUGACCUCAUCUAGAGAAAAUAGAAAUUCCUUAUAAAGUCAACUUUUCCUUAACUAAAGGCUUCUGUAGAUGAUUCAGUACUAGAUGUAAUGCUUAGAUGGUAAAGUUACAUCUUGAAAAAGUGGAAUAACAUUUUCUUUUUGCUCUAAAUCUUACAACUCAACAAUGUGCUUAAAAGUUGACAGUGGGUACAGUCAGUAUUUACCUGAUCUGCUGCUUCAGUUUUAAUUUGCUCUUUGGACAGCUAGAGUACACCACAGGCAAGCCUCGACAUUUUGCCCUUCUGAGUAGUUUGUCAUUGAGGAGGCAGAUAACUAAACUAUAAAUGCAAAGAAAAACCAUUUCAGCACUCACAGAUGAACACCUCCUCUUUUUUUGACCUCCUGACAUCCCUAGUUUAGGUGGGUUCAAAUUAAUCGGAGAAACACGUUGUAUGGAAUGUGUACUUUUAGGUGUGCGCUAAUAGAAUGUAUACGUUGAAAUACUAUUUAAUAGAAAGACAAGCAGCAUCUGAAAAGCACAUAAGCCUAAUUGAUUCCAGACACAACUGGCCUGGAUUUUGUUUCCCCUUAUUCCAACUUUCUGACCUUGUAAAAAUUAUCUUGAUUGUGUUAUACUAAAACGAGGCCAUGAUCUUGCAAAAACUACCAUGUGUGCUGAUGCUGAGAAGUGCCCAGUAAAGCACCGCCUGUGGAACGAAUGCUGACAGCAUUAGGCCCCAGCGUCAGUUUGUUUGUUUUCUCUUGCUUAUAUCUAAUCAUGGUGAAGCAAUAGUCCCACUUCUGCUAAAAGUUUUCGUUUUUAAAGGAGGUGAAAAAUGUGUAGUAAAACUUACGAUUUGCGGGGAAUUAUAGGUUUUAAAUUCUUAGAGAAGUUUAAGUUACUGGGAUUUUAUGGCAUUUAGACUAGGGGAAAGAUCAGUGAGGGUUUAAAAACAUGUAUUGCCUGUAAUUUUUUCAGGUGUGUGUGUGUGUGUGUGUGUGUGUAGUGGUAUCUUUGUUUUUCAGAAGAUUGUUUCUAGGGAUUCGUAGGAGGGUUGAAGGACUUACUGGCUUUGAUGAUAACCCUUACAAUACUGUUGUGCCUUUGUAUAAACAUGUAAAAGAUACCUAGGACACCAUAGUGUUAGAUGUGCUGCUGUCUUUGGCGUUGGAGAACUUAUGAGCAUAAUAAUAUUUUCUGCUUGAAAAAAAAUCCAAGACCUAGGUACACUGAUCCUUUUAUUACGGUAAGUGCUGUUGCUCCAUCUAUUUGGGAAUCUGUGCCUGGCUAGCCUUAAAUCUCUGUGGAGAGUAGUGAGAGAGAAACGUCCUUCCAGCAUGUUGAACUGAACAGAUGAUCCCUCUCUUUAUUUCUCUGAAGGCUCUCAUUUUGGUUUUUUUUCAAGAUCAAGAAUAAACUGUGUAUUUGGGCCUUUGUCAGCAAGGUUCCCAUGGGGCAAUCCUUGUAAGCACUGGGAUUGCCUGUUUAGUAGCAGGGAGGCUUAUAAAAAGCAACUGCAGGUGGAAGUGGGCCUUUUCCUGCUCCUCCCUUCAUCCUGCUGCAAUUCCCUUUCAUCCAGGCCCUGAGAACUGCCUGCCUUUCAAACUAAGCUACAAAACUAAGAGAGUUAUAGUCACUUGACCAAUAUAUUAGAAUAUCUGUCUUUACUUAUGUUGAUUCAUUGAUGUUCUGAGGAGUUUUGUUGUGUAUAAUGUACUACUUCUGGUGGUUGUACAACAGCAAAUGUGACUUAAAAAACUUAAGGUUACCUCUGAAGAAAGCAAGCAGCUUUUAUGCAUCAUUAAACUUGGGUUCCAAGAAGUUGGCAUCAAUGUGACUGCCAUCGAGUUUGGGCUUUUUAGCUCUCGUGUCAACAUUUCUUAUUUCCCUACAGAUUGCAAGGUGGACAUGGUGUGUGGUAUGUUACUUACUAAAUAAAAAAAUCUGGCAGCAUGUGCAGUGUUCUGACUCAAAAGUCAUGUUAGUAACCUGCUACACCAAAGAUGACUAUUAGUGCCGGCACUGCAUCAGUUGUCUUUAUGUUUUAGCAACUGUUUUACAGCUUUUCUGUUAAGUUAUAGACAAGCUUCAGGUAAAAACCUGCCACCUUGGAAGCCUUGAUAUAAUCUGUACUCUUGGUGCGAAAAAUACGGCAUGUUCUGGCUUGUGUUUUUUAAGAGAGAAAACAAUUGGUCCAUUGCUUAAAAGCUGUGCCGUUCUGUGCAGCGCCACUGAAGUGUGCAGCCUGUGGAGUGUGACCUGUGGCGUUACAGAUGCAGUGCAUGUCCCCUCCCUUCUCGGCAACCACAGGAUGAAGGCACAAAGUCUUUCUGCCUUAACUGAAACAAGCAAGUUCUGUUCGUCUGCCCAGAACGUUCAGUGAAGUGCUCCACAAGGGAUACAGGUUCGGCUGGGUUGUGAGGAACUGCGAAGAUGGUGCAAGUAAGUUUAAGUCCUUAUACGUUUGAUGAAUGUAUCUCACACUUUUUAAAUGUCCCAGUAUCCACAACAAUGCAGGCUACAGUGUGAGUGCAUUCCCCUUUUCCUCUAAGUUACGUUCUUUCCAUCGCAGAGUAUUGAUGCAUAUUCAGAGUUUUGGCCCUUCUCUUAAAGUGUUUUAUGCCAGUGAAAUGAAGACCACAGCUGCCACCUUCGCUACUGUGUUCCAUGAGCAUUAAACUUAACUAUGUACAAAAUUGUUUCCUCAUCCUAACCAUGCAUGGGACUGUUUUCUCAGGUCUGGGUCUGAAGGAACAAUUUAUUUUACUUUUUUCUCUGUAUAAACAUACAAUGAUUUUAUGCAUGUCCCCAUAUCCUUCUGAAACCAAAUUUUCCAUGCACGCCCAUCUGAAGAGAGGAAGGACAAGACAGAGAGGGAAAGAGACAGAAGAGCUGUCACCAGUUACUCUUCUGUGAGGCACUAGGAUAGUAUCCUUAUAAAUCCGGUGUAAGAAAACACAAGGAAUGAUCUGGAUUGAUGUAAUGCAGAGCAUGUUUAUGAAAUGUCUCAAUUACAGCCAGGUGAGAGGACUACAGAUGAGCAGUUCAGAAAUCAAAGUGAACUUCCUAAGUGCAAAAGAAAAAUAAGUCAUCAGUUUUGUGGAGAAAUCAAGGUAGAUGGUUAGAGGGAGUUUGUAGAGCAUCACUAACAAAAUACCAGUGGACACUGCAAUGCUCCUGCGAAAUGCUCUCUUAGGAUUUAUCAAUAGGUGGCAUAUGUAAGUCAUCAGAACAAUGUAAAGAUGACUCCACCGAGUGCUGGUAAGGUCCCAACGGCCACGUUGCCCUUGGUUUCGUGUUCUGUGCUGAAAAAUAAAGUAUAGGACAGUGCAAGAAAGGAAUAGGAGAUGUAGAAUAUAAAAGGACAUGGUGAAGGAAGGGAGGAUGUUUAGCCUGAAAUAUAAUGUUUAGAGGAAAUCGGAUAAAUUUUCCAAUGUGUAAAAUAUUAGAAAAGGUUUGAUCAACUGUUUUUGAAUGCUGGGGGAAAGAUGAGAGAAACCGGAUCUGUACAGAGGGAAAAUGUCUCAGAUAGGAUGUUAGGAGGGUGGCAGGAUGAUUUAAAUUGGAUAUUAGGAGAGUGGGGGGAGAUGCCACAACAACUUUUAAAUCAUUAUAGUGAAAUACCAGAACAAGCUGCUUAGGAAGUUCGGGUCUCUGCUUCAUGAAGGGUUUCUAAGAACAGGUUAGACAAACAUCUGUUGGGGAUUGUCUGGGGCUACUUUAUCCCAUCUUUGUGUGUCCAGAGGGGACCAGAUGGUCUCUUCAGAUCCCUCUCAGCCCUCUUCCUACAAGUUUACCAAGCAGAGAGGGGAAUGGACCUGAGUUUAAUGAGAAAACGGUAUCAUCCUAUUAGUUGAUCCUCUUUCAGAAUAGAAAAAGAAUCAGAGAGAAACCGCAUUUGAGUUAACUAUGUAAGUAAAUGGAUUUUUUUUUAAUUGUUGUUGACUUGCAGUUUUAUAAAGAAUUUUUAAAAAAACACGUGGUUAUUAAAAAAAAAAGUUACCUAAAAAGUUAUAAAACUGAACGCAUGUAAAGUAGUCCUUACGGCAUUUGUGGUGUGACAGUUUCAAGAAACAAUUUUUAAAUGCAAAGUAGCAAAAAUAGCAAGUUUUUAAGUAUUUUUCAACCAUAAUAUAAAUGUGUGUUUGGCCAUGGGUUUUACAGUGCCUCCCAUUUCAAAACAAGCAAUGAGAACAUCUGUAGGUAUAUCUGACUGUAUACAACAAUAUUGCACCUGAGUCGUUGCAUGUGCAAGCCCAGGAAAUAAACAUGAGAAAUCACUCUUGCUCCCCAGUCCACAGAAGGAACAAGAUUUUCAGUACUUGUUCUGAAAAAUCUGUUUGGAAGGCCAGCUGAAUGGGAACGUGAAAGUCAGUGCCUUGCCUCCUCGGCAGGUGAACUCUGUGGCUGCAGUGGCGCCUCCCUCCCACCCUCCUGCCUUCCCUGCCUGCGCGUUGGGAAGUUCCAAUGAAAUAUAGCUGCUGUGGAAAGUCCUGCUCACUGCGAGAAGACGUGACCUCUCGGCAAGUCAGAUCCAAUUUUACAGGCAGCUCUGAGUCAGGGCGGAGCCCGUGAACUGAACUUUGUAUUUAAGAAGGAAGUGAAGCUGGUGGCAGCCCGUGUUGCUAAGCAGAUGAGUUGCCGUAUUUUUAUGUCAGCUGAUAGUUUCGGCGGGUGUGUGACUUCAUUCUUAGAUAUGAUGCCUUCCAUUUAUUAGGGACAAAGGUCAGAAAUUGUCAGCGCUGCGAUAGCUUUGUCUCUCCAUAUAAGAAGAGGCUCGUUCUGCUGAGCCGUCAAAGAUGGAAAUGGGAGUCCUUAAUGCUGCUCGUGCAUGUUGAAAACAAAACCGACCGUGAAGCUGUCAGUUCAUGUCAUGAUCCAAGAGCAAACAUCCUCAGGAGCAGUGAUGAUGUGGAGUAGGUCAGUUCUGCAGCAUUGCUCCAUUUUUAUAAGAACUCACUACUGUUCCCGAUUAAAGGGGUUGCCUGGUCUUGUCUCCAGUAGUAAUGGGAACCAGGGGCCUGAGGUGAGCAGUCAGUCACUGGCCUGUUAAAUCAGAAUUUAGGUGGAAAGCCAAGUGAUCUUGCCUCAUACAACAGUAAACUAAGUGGUGAGUCUAUCUGGGAGGGAAAGAGAGUUGUUUAUCACCUCUGUGCUGCUGGCACGUCCAUCUGUGAAGAUCCUCAUGGGUAAAGUGGCAGUACCCGUCUGCGUUUUGGGGACACUUGAGGGGGAGAGUGCAGGCAGGUUGGGGGCAGCUGCCUACAGCUUUGUCUGCACCCACACAACCCACAGUGACAAGUUAGGGUGUGCUGUUUCAGGCAGCAUUUCCACCUAUUACCCCCUAAAAGUCUUUGGUUAUGUCCUUAAGUUAGCCAAGAGAGAGCUAGAUGUUGUUACCCUUGUUCUGAGAGAGACUGCUGUAUCAGAACACUUCCUCAUAAAAGAAUUAACUUUGGGAGUAGUAUUAAUUCUUGUUAUUGUUGGAUUCCUGAAGGUGGGGCAACAGGGAAUGCUGAUGUCCCUCAGAAAGCUUUGCCCCUGUAAGGCCUGGCAAAGGGGAGUGGAAUCUGGACACGAACUGCUGGAGCUCGCUGCCCCUCUGCUUUUCUGGUUCAGUUCCACAGUUAAGGAGUUCCCUGCCACAGAAGUGGCUGUUUGGGCCAGUUCCAGCUUUUGUCACUCUGGCUGCCUUGAGUUUCAAAAAAAACCUCCAAACAAAAACCAACCAACCAACACAAGUGUCUACCCUGGCUCACCCUCCGUUCCCUUAGCUUGCUGGUGCCACAGGGUGGCUCCUUGUAGCACUUGUAUUUCCAACACUUUUAGCUCUUCAGCUGAAAUCGUUAAAGUUGUUCUUUCUGAUAUGAGUCUGCUGCUUCCUGGUACUUACCAAAAUCCACGUGCUUUCAGUAUUUCAGUGUGCUGUAGGUUGGUUAAUGAUCUCUUCUGAAGAAGAGAUAUUGUUUUCCUUCAGCAUGUGGCAUAUCAUUAGCAUCUGUGCCCUUUUGGCCACUACACACUGUCGGUCUUGUGAGCUUCCAUUGCUGUGUAAAUUUUGAGAAACUUUGAGUAAAACUUUCACUUGUGAAAGAAAAAGAAA